AGGCAACAGACUGUCUUAAAAAAAAAUAAAAAUAAAAAAAGGAACAGUCUGGUAGGAUGGCAGGGGAUGGGUCAGAGUGGGGCUACAGCCAUGAAGAACAGAACAGAGGAAAUGGCGAAAGGAAAUACACUUACCCAGGGUCUCAGAAGGGAUUGGAGCCUGAAAUGCUCAAAGGCAAAAAUCCAAAUUUUGGAAGAACUGAGUUUUAGGACCUCCUAAGGGUGUGUAAGUGUGUCACAAAUAGUACCAGGACAUUGAUUUGUGCACUUACCUCCCUUGGGGAGAGGGUAGGAAUAUGCCCAGAUGUUUCUGUGUUGUUUUGUGUGCCUGGGGUGUUUGUGUCUCUGACACUGUGUGUGCCUGUGUGCGUGUACACAUUUAUCUGUGUGCCACCUAGAAGGGAAGGGAGCUAACAGUAAUGAAGUAUCUCCCCAGUGACAGCCACAGGGCUCAGUUUUACUUAUGUUUUCUCAUAAUCCUCCCAACAAUCCUGUGAGGUAGGUAUUUUAAUCUCCAUUUUACUGCAGCAAAGACAGGCUCAGUGAAGCUGAGUAAUUUGCCCAAGGUCACAUGGCAAAUAGAUGUGUGUACCUAGAAUCUGCUAGAUUGCUGGGCCUGUGCAGUUUUUGCUUUUCUGUCCAAAGUUUUGAGUCUGACCCAGGACUUCUUUGUGGUCAAAAAGUGACAGGGAGGAAACAGGCUGGGAAGGCUUGAGAGUGGCAGAACUUUUUCAGCCCACCCAAGGGUGCUGCAGGCAAGCGCUGGCGCAGCUCUCUAGGAGAGGACCAACGCAAGUCCGAGGUCCCUGUGCACAGGCCCGUCCUGUGGGUCACUGCAUCCCAAGCCCAUUCCUCCAUCCAUGCUUCUCGUCUGGGUGGCACAGGGACGGGGGGUUGGGACUUUUUCUGGAAGGGACUCUUUUAUAUUCCAGCCUGUUUCUCCAGAACUCCCUGUAGGCUUAGCCCUAUGUGGGCUUAUUGCACAGGGCUGUGCCCCAAAGUGUACAAACCAUAAUCCAUCUGUGAGGGGGACCUGUACCCUCUCAGUCACCAAGGCUGGAAAUUUCCAAGCUAUCUAGGACUCCUGCCUCUUUCUCACUUCCCACAGCUUGUCACCAAAAACUCUGGAGUCCAUCCCCUCCUCUCAGCAGCUAGCUGCUGGCCAGGUUCGGUCCUCAUUCCCUCUCACAUGGACUCUGCCUCUAGUGUCCCCUCCCAGCAAGUGAUGAAGAAGAAAUGGGGACUGGGGUGGGAGAAGACAGAAUGGGUGCUGCCCUUGUGGCUAGCCUCCGCAGUAGUCUUUCUUCUGCUAUUUCAAGGUCAGAGAUGAACAGCAGUGCCGGGGACCUGGGUGUUGGCGACUGCAGCUCCUGGGAUGAUCCUGUUCGCUUCUUCAUGGUGCUGGCGGCCUAUGCCUUGGCGCCGGGCCUGGGGCUGCAACCCACAUGGCUGCCCCGGCAGUGUUUGUCAGCAGCGGCGCCUGGGCCAGGCCCUGCGUCUCUACCUGCUCAGCCUGGCCCUGGCCAACGUGCUCUUCACACUCACUCUGCUGCCGUGGCUCACCUACUACCUGGGCCUGGCCCACGUGCCCCUCCCGGAGGCUGCCUGCCGCAUGGCUGGGAUGGCCUACCACGUGUCCACCUACCUGGCGGUGGCCUUCGUCAGAGCCGUCUUCUUGCGGGUGCUUGCGGCCUACGUGAGCCUGGUGCCAACGCUCUAGGCGCCCUCGGGCCUGGGCCCUGCUCCUGCCGGUCCCCGCUGGAGCAUGGCCAAGACCAUGGUCCUGGAGCUCCCGCUGGUCUUCGCCCUCUGUCUGGCGCCCUACCACCUGCUGCUGGCGCCCUGGGUGGCUGGGCGGGGCAGUGACGGAGACAGGUUUCACACCGUCGCCACCCUCGACGUCCUGCCCACCCUCAGCCUGGUGCUGCUGAGUCUCAACAGCUGCCUGGACCCGUUCAUCUGCUGCUUUUUUGUGCACCACUUCUGCCAGGACUGCUGGGCACUGAGCUGCUGCCCUGGGAGGGGAGUGCCCAGGGUGCAUGGGGCCUCCUUGGCCUCCUCCUAGAGACUUUUCUUCGGCCUCCCUGCCUGUUUCAUCCCCCUGCCACCCUUCCAGUGGCAUCCAGGGUGGAGAAACCUCUUUGGAAAGACCUAGAUUCUGAUGCUGAUGCAUACUACCACAUACUACCCCUGUAGCUGUGAACCUCCAGGCUCAUCUGGAGGGCAUAGAACAUUCUUUGUAACCCGAAUGUUCCCAGGAAGUUGCCAGCUUUUGGAUACAAAUAAUAUACCAUUGUGUUUUUUUUAAACCUCUUGAGAUAAAACCCAAAGUCAUCAUGGCCUACAAGGCCCUGUCUGAUUUGGCUCUCCCUUCUCUCUAGACCUUAUCCCACCACCCCUGCUUCCCUGCAGGCAGUCACCUUCUCAGGCCCAGGAACAUGCCAGUCUCCUACCCUUCACGGCCUUUGCACCAGACUUGGCCAGGAAUGAUCUCUGUUCCUCUCUUUCACUAGGGUAGUUCUUCUUCACCCUCGCUUCCUCUAAAAUAACUCCUUAUAGGGAAGGCUUUCUUGGCUGGCAACACACACAUACACACACACACACACCAGCACGCAUGGGGCUGAAUCAGAUCGGAUUGCUCUUUUGUAGCUCUUUUCAUAAUUGUAAUCAAGCAAUUAAUUGGGUUAUGUGUUGUUGUUUUCUUUCUCUCUUGCCAGAAUGUAUUCAUGUUGAUCCAUAAGAAAUUAUCAUUUUUAUAAGUCCCCAAAAGUUGAAUAUUGGCAAUUUUAUUUCCAUCCAAUUCAAUAAAUUCUGUGUUUACCUGGCUCA